AUGUUGGGGGAGAGAUUUCCGGAUCAAGUUAUUGCUAGGGUGAGUUUUGGAGCAAGAUUUGGAGCAUUUUGAGCACAAAAAUCGUGAUUUUUGUGCAAUUUUGAGCCAGAAAUUGCUAUUGCUCAUGUUAGAAAAAAUUUCAAAAAAAUUUUAUAACAUGAGCAAUGCUUCUUAAAAUUCCACGUGGGAGUUUUUGAGUCAUUGCUCAUAUUAGAGGAAUUUUCAAAAAAUGCAAAAAUUAGCUCAAAUUUUUGUUAUAACCUGAGCAAUGUUUUCAAAAUCCACGUGGAAUUUUUUAACCCAAUAAAUACGGUAUGUUCCUUUAAAGGCGCCUUUUUCUUCGAAAUUUGGGCAUUGCUCAUAUUAGAAGAAUUUUCUAAAAAUUCAAAAUUAGCUCAAAUUAAUUUAUAACCUGAGCAAUGCUUCCACGUGGAAAAUUUCGACCAAAAAUUAACUUUUAAAGGAGCAUACCGUACCACCCAAGCAUUGCUCAUAUUAUAAAUUGAUGAACUCCAAUUUUCAAGGAACAUACCGUACCAUUUUUGACUUUUUGAAAAAAAAAAUGCCCAAAAUUUUCCAGAUGAAUCCAAAAGGUCGUGUAAUUCUAUGUGGUCAAAUCGCCGUGUACAACACCGAUCUACCGUAUCCGCCACCAAUUCCCUGCGAGACCCAAAAAAUCCUGGAAACCCGCCAAAUUCAAAGGGACAGAUAUCUGGUGUUGAACUAUAAGAACGAUUGGCAAAAAGGCAUUGCUCAGCUUAGAAAAUGGAUGGAAAAUGAUGAGAUUCGGGUGAAAGAGACGAUUUAUGAAGGAUUGCAAAAUGGACCGGCGGCUUUUGUUGAUAUGAUGAAUGGAAAAAAUGUGGGCAAAAUGUUGAUAAGAGUUUGA